CUUAGUCACACGCAUUAAAAAACCUACUAAAAAUGCUCGCUACCAAAGGAAUGUCCCAGCUUGCGUUCCAGCCGGCCUACACUGCCGAGAAGGCGCUGCGGCCAGCAAAGGUCUGCGUCACUGGAGUGACCGGCUUUGUUGCAGGCUCGGUGGUCUCGCGGCUGCUGGAGCUAGGCCACACCGUGCACGGAACCUGCCGCGACCCCGCGCGCACCGACACAGUUGUGCACCUCACAUCCCUGCCCGCCGCGGCGGAGCGCCUGAAGCUGUUCAAAGCCGACCUGCUGUCGGAGGGCAGCUUUGAUGAGCCUGUCGAAGGCUGUGACUACAUUAUCCACACCGCCUCGCCCUACAUCGUCAAUGUGGCCCCCUCGGAAGUGCGAUCAAAGCUGCUCGAGCCGGCGGUGAAGGGCACCGAGCACGUGCUGAGCGCCGCCAGCAAGUCUCCCUCCGUCAAGCGGGUGGUGCUGACGUCAUCGUGCGCCGCCAUCUACGGCAACCCGCACGUGUUCGGCAAGGAGCACGUGUACACCGAGGCUGACUGGAACGCGACCUCCACCGACAAGGUGCUGACCUACUCAUACAGCAAGAAGCUGGCUGAGGAGCGGGCGUGGGAGAUGGCCAAGGCGCAGAGCCAGUGGAAGCUGGUGGUGAUCAACCCCGCCGUCAUCCUGGGGCCGCCGCUCAGCAAGCGCACUGACAGCGAGUCGGUGUCCAUCAUCAACCAGAUCCUGAAGGGCCAGAUGUACCCGGCCGCCCCGCACAUGGGCUUUGGCACCGUGGACGUGCGCGACGUGGCCGCGGCACACACCCUGGCCAUGAGCCACCCCAAGGCCGAGGGCAGGUACAUCACUGUGGCCAAGUCACUGUGGGUGGCGGACUUUGCCCGCGCCGUGAAGGUCGGCUUCCCUGACUCCCGUAUGCGCCCGCCCAUCGCCACCAUCCCCAAGUGGCUGCUGUGGCUGAUUGGGCCCAUGGCAGGCAUGAGCCGCGACAUCGUCACCCAUUCCGUGAACAUGUGCCCCCAGUUCAACAACAGCAAGAUCCAGUCGGAGCUCGGAUUUAAGUUCCACUCACCUGAGGCGGCCAUCAAGGACCAGGUGAACGCCAUGCUGGCACUGGGCAUCGCAAAGCCGUUCUGAGGUGGUGGAGACACGAGCAGCACAGAGUCUGCUAAGGAGCUUCCGUGGGGUCUGUGAAGGGUUUCACUAACCACAGGGGAGGGAGCAGGCAGGAGCGGUAAUCCGGUAUGUUUGCUUUCAGGCGGAGGGGGCUUUGGAUUAGAAAUGCCGGGGAUGAUGGCUUAUAGCGUACGCUCAUGUUCGAUAUCCAGUAGACACUCAUACAUACUCGCUCAGUGGUUUGCUGUAUAAGAUGUGGGGCAAAACGAAGUGAAGAGUGUCCCAGGGUUUCGUGCCGAGGGCGUGCCACCCACAAAAAGACAGGUCACGCGAGCGUGGCGAGGGCGUUUAGACUAGAGGAGCGUGUCAAGGAGUGCCGACCUGGGAUGCUGUGGUGACGUGCAGGGAUGUACGUAUAUUUAAGCCGACCGCUCAAACUAUGGCUGGUAUGCAUAUGCGUGCCACACGCUGUUGCAUGGUGCCACUGUAACCCAUGCGACAUCGGCUGCUGCCGAACACCCGACACCGCUUCUGUUUGCGUCACAGGUGGUUUGUAUGAGGUGCAGCACUCUCUUCAGCUAUUGGCGACGGGUUCGGAUGCAGGUCAGCACAUCAAUCAGGGAUGUAAAAUUUGGCGGGCGGAGCCUUGGUGAACCAUCGGCGCGCCUGCCACUGCUGCAAUUAUGAUACACAUGGCUGUAAUGUACGUGACCAGGAGUAA